UUCAACCGACCGUCUCCGUCACGAAAACGUGAAAGUGAUGUUUUGUUUGGAAUUUGAAUUUGAACAUUGAAUAAUAUAAUUUAAAAUCAAUUCGAAACAUUUAUGUUUAUAUCAUUGUAGAAUAAAACUUAUUGAUAGAAUUAUGUAAAUUUAUAUGUGAAUAGUACGCUAGUGCAUAAUAUAAGGCCAACUAAAAUUCAAGGAAUAUGUAGGCCUAAUAGGGUUACUUUUUUCAAUUAACCUAAAAUUAUUGUAGUUUAAUAAAAACGCUUUUCUGGAAAGAAUAAUUUUUACAUUGGUAUUUAAUUGAUACCCUUGCCAAGUAUCCAGUUAAUGUUGAAAAUGGAUGUAGAUAUUUCGCCUCCUGCUAGUUUGAACUCAAUGGUUGAUGAAUUGUACAGUUCAGGAGUGAGCCACAAAGAUGAGAUCAAACAGCUGACACAAAGACUAGAUGAAAUUUCCAACCUAGAAUAUAAAUUAAAGGCAAUUCAAAUAUGUUUGGGUCCAGCUUUGGAUGCUGUGGAAAUAGACGAGCUUGAACCGACUAUUUCUCGAAGCAUUCUUCCAUUCACCUACCGACUGUUUAAUAAGAUGCUGAAAGAUAUUGAAAUUGAAGUGGAAAAAAAUUGUGUUGACAACAUUUCAAUCACAUUGCAGACUUGUUUUGAAGUACUGUGCUGCUGUGAGAAUACUUUGAAACAUUUAGCAAAAUUUGAGAAACUCAAAUACGAACAAGUUACCAGUCUACCAAUAAAUAUUGCCUCAAUCGUCUUCAGCUCAUUCGAUCACUGUCGAUCAAGUGACAUUAUUUACGGAGAAAAUCUAUCAGAUGUUACCGAAGUCCUUACUGCUCUUUUUCAUAAGACAUGCGAUGUUCAAAACAAUUUGCUGACGUUUUUGACAAAUGGAGUGAAGUUUCAUUGCUUGUUUGAUGAUGAGCUGCAGUGCCUGUUAGAAGUGAUGGAAUUACUUGAGAAAUGUGGUGAAGUUUUGAUGACUCUCGGUAUCAAGCCGCUGGUGCAGCAGUGGAAAGGAUAUGCGCAGAUGGCAUCAACCUACAAGGAAGCAUUCCAAACGUCCCUCGAUAUUGCCAAGCCGGUCUGCUUUUUAGCUAAUGAUUUGAGCCAGCGACUGUCCAAAACACUUCAUUUACAGGAAAGCAAUUCUGAAGAAUGUAAACAAAUAAUGAAGGAGUUGAAAGUUGGUGCUUUUGUCCUGAAAAUAAUCGUAAAAUUAUGUGAGCAAUAUGCUGGUUAUUUAGGCAAUUGUCAUAAGGAAUUGACCGUUUUAUUAGUGCGACUUUAUGGAAUUUCCAAGCCUUUCUUGAAUGUCAGUGAAACGCCCAAUGAAAUAGUAGAUUUCAUUGAAAGGAAUAUAACAGUUGGAGUUGGACCACUGAUUACUACUCUUCUUGACGACAGAGGAUUUAUUGAGGUUAUCAAGAAUAUAAACUUAUCUACAUCAGACAAUGCAGACCAGUCACACAGAAUAGGCCUACUACUUCUAUGUGUUGCAAUUAUGAAGAAGCUUGUUGUAAAUGACAAGGAAACUCUACAAAUAUGGAUCAAGUCUGGAGUUUCCUUCAUCCACAUCAUUUUCGACCUCAUUGAGCAAGGCUUUGGUGAUUUUGAACUGGAUAUAAAAAUAGAGAGGACUGAGUCUGCCGGCCAAAGUGAUCUGUACGAAGCUAUUGUCACUCACACAACCGCUUAUCUGCUAACAUCGACCACCGAACAGGCGUUCACUCAACUUGAAAAGUUCCUCGAAUCCAGAAUUAUUCAAAGAAAAUACUGGGUGGCGCUAAUGGCUUCUGAUAUCUUCCUUAUUCUUUCAAGGUUUGGAAAUAGUGACUUGAAAUUGCAACAAGCCAAAUACUUCGUAUCAAGAAGUGUUUUAUGGCCUCCCGAGAGCAAGCACACACCAGAAUGGAUAUUUGUGAGCAAUUUCACUCACCGACUUCUAAAGUUGCUUCCGUCGGAAGUGGCUGACAAUCUGCUGUCAGACUACCCGCCAUCCGUGUGGGCCGAGCUGGGCUGUGGCUCGAUUCCCGGCUUCUCAGCUGUCAAUGUCGAUCACGCCUGCAAAUCUCUGCAAACAUUUCUCUCCCACCACAGUGAUAGCUCUGAACCUUCAAAUUUCAAUAACAUGAUUAGUGAAUUACUUUGUUUGCCCAGCCUGCACACUGAUAUUGACAUGGAAUGCUUGAAACAUAAGACUCUGCUACCUGCAUUGGCAAAACUGUGGCAGAUUUGUGAUCAUCUUUUGUUUUCAAAUGAGAAACAACUUGGCUAUUGGUUUGACAAAUUUAUUGUAGAUUUGACUUCGGCUAGCUGCAAUCUUCUUAUUCUGAUGGAUAACUCUCUAUUAAACCUGAUUGUUCGUUCACUGCAGCAAGCCUUGAAGAGAAAUUGUGCAAGUAGUAAAUUGAUUUCAAUCGAGUUUUUAAGGGUUCUCGCUCAUAUAGAAAUGAAAUCGGACAAUUCGCUGACACAAAUCUUUAAGAGCAUCGCUUGCUUAUUCUGGAAGUUGAUCGAGGACGCGGAUCCGAUCAUCAGCUCCAAUGCUGUCGAAUGUUUCGAGUAUUUUGCCAACACCACCCUUCACACUCGCAUCAUAUCCAUGACAGGCCAGCAGAGCUCAUCAACGCAACAUCUCAUCACUUCUUACUUACAGCGGAGCUUCAUAUCUGACGCUAAUGGCAUUAUUCAAAUCCCAAAGAGCUUAGAAUAUAUCGGAAAUACAAAUGCCAAACACAAAUGUGCGGUCACAGUUUCAAAAUCACUGGUCUCCGAUAGAAGUGAAUCGAAUCACGCAUUCAGCACGGAAGUUACUUCAAAUGAAAACGUUGCGAGUAAAUCUCAUGAAUCUUCUAAUACCAAAUUGAUUUCAUUAAAUGAAAGGUUGAAAGAAAUUGUUGAGAAAGCUUUAAUGAAUAACGAAGGAGCCCGUACAAAUGAGCGAUCUGAAUGUAAUGUGAAGUUUGUCAUUGAAAAACUGGAAAAUUGCAUUGCAGAAUGCGAGGAUAAAGUCGUUCAAUAAUGUUUAUUACUUACUUUAGAGUAUUAAGUACUUGUAAUUAUUUUUUAUGUACAGUACCGUAUUUUACAACUUGUAAAAUGAUUUUUGAACUAUCAUAAUAUUUCGGUAGUUUAAACUCGUCCUCCCUCAAUUUUAAUGAAUCUCUGUCUGUGAAAAAAUACGUUUUACUUCUAAUUCUGUAGAUAAUUUCAUAAUUCAUUAUGUAGUCGUAUUACUGUUGUGAAAAAGCUAUUUGACAGUCAUAUACCAUUUUCAUAUAUCAUUAAUCAUAAAUAUCUGCUACCUUUACAUUUUAGUUCACCUAACAUUUUCUCUUCAGAUAUUAAAAUAGCAUUUUUUAUUCUUUAGAUUAUUUCACAUAGAAAAUGAGUUCCGUUACCUUUUUUGUGAAGAAUCAAUUUCAGUAUUUCAUUAAUUUUUGGAAUUUUUAUUCAUUAUUAAACAUAUUUCAUUAUCCGAAAAAGUUGAAUUUUUUAUUUAUACAGAGUUGGGCAAUGAAGUAUGAAGGAUUUGUGAUAGCUGUUAAUACAUGUUUUUCUUCGAA